UGAAAUGUAGUAUCUUGUGAACUAACUAUGUUUGGUUGGUAGUGUCGCUACGCCAAAAACGUGCAAGUUCGGACUAAGGAAGCGGCCGUAGACGUCUAGAACAAAACAAAAUGGUGUCAUUAAAUCCUCAAAGAAUACUCAAGCAUGAGGCGGAGGAGGAAAAAGCAGAGACUGCACGGAUGUCAAGCUUUAUUGGUGCCAUUACUAUUGGUGAUUUAGUAAAGAGCACCCUUGGGCCAAAAGGUAUGGACAAAAUACUUGUUUCAAUGGGCCGUAAUGAAGGUCAGGUGGAAAUUACAAAUGAUGGUGCAACAAUAUUGAAAGCUGUAGGUGUUGAUAAUCCAGCUGCCAAAAUCCUUGUUGACAUGUCACGUGUCCAGGAUGAUGAAGUUGGAGAUGGAACUACUUCCGUUACAGUUCUUGCUGCUGAGUUGUUACGUGAAGCUGAAAAACUUAUUGAUCAGAAGAUCCAUCCGCAGAUAAUUAUUGCUGGUUGGCGGAAGGCACUGCAGGUUGCAGUUGAUGCUCUUUCAGCUGCAGCCAUGGAUAACAGUGGUGAUGAGGCAAAAUUUCAUCAAGAUCUCUACAAUAUUGCAUCAACUACCCUUAGUUCUAAAAUUCUGUCGCAACACAAGGAUCAUUUUGCAAAGCUUGCAGUUACUGCUGUGUUGAGACUGAAAGGAUCAGGAAAUCUUUCAGCCAUUCAGAUUAUAAAGAAGACUGGUGGUUGCCUUGAAGACUCAUUCCUCGAUGAAGGUUUUCUGCUGGACAAGAAAGUGGGUCUUCACCAACCAAAACGUGUUGAAAAUGCUCGAAUACUUAUUGCAAAUACGCCAAUGGACACAGACAAAAUCAAGGUCUUUGGAUCACGGGUACGAGUAGAUUCUAUGGCCAAAGUUGCAGAGAUGGAACUUGCCGAGAAAGAAAAAAUGAAGGACAAAGUAGCCAAGAUCUUGAAACACAAUUGCAAUGUGUUUAUCAACAGGCAGCUCAUCUAUAACUACCCAGAACAGCUCUUUGCAGAUGCUGGGGUUAUGGCUAUAGAACAUGCAGAUUUCGAUGGCAUUGAACGGUUAGCACUUGUAACUGGAGGUGAAAUUGUUUCCACUUUUGACAACCCAGAACUAGUGAAACUGGGACAUUGUGAUGUUAUUGAGCAGGUCAUGAUUGGUGAAGACACACUGCUGCACUUCGGAGGUGUUGCUCUGGGUGAAGCAUGCAGCAUCGUGAUCCGUGGAGCGACUCAGCAAAUCCUUGAUGAAGCUGACAGAUCUCUUCAUGAUGCAUUGUGUGUACUUGCAGCAACAGUCAAAGAAUCUCGCACGGUCUAUGGGGGAGGUUGCAGUGAAAUGCUUAUGGCUGGUGAAGUGAUGACAGCUGCUUCAAAAACACCUGGCAAAGAGGCUGUGGCAAUGGAGGCAUUUGCCCGUGCACUACAGACUUUGCCUACAGCAAUAGCUGAUAAUGCAGGCUAUGAUUCGGCGCAGCUGAUUUCAGAGCUGAGGGCUGCACACAGCCAGGGAUCUCAUACAAUGGGUCUUGAUAUGGAAAAUGGAAGAAUUGGUUGCAUGAAAGCUCUGGGUAUUACAGAAUCUUUUGUUGUGAAGCGUCAAGUUGUUCUUUCUGCAGCUGAGGCUGCAGAGAUGAUUCUUAGAGUGGACAAUAUCAUAAAAGCUGCACCCCGCAAACGUGUCCAGGACCGUGGUCGUUGUUAACAUUUUGUUAAUUUAAGUAUUUUUUUCCUUUUUUUCCAUUGCAUUUCAGAGAAGAAAGCUUUUCAACAGUUUUUAACAUAUUUAUACCACCCUCUAAAAAUAUUAAUUACUCUUGCUGAGUGGCUACUGAACUACAGUCAGUUUAAAAGACUUAUCAUAUAAUUGCUUUUGUAAGUAACUAAGUGUUUAAUUUUGUUACACUGUUAUGAUUAAGUUCUAAUAAAAAAAUGUGAUCAACUAUUA